GCCCGCCCCCCCACGUGGCCCGCCCCUCCCACGUGGUCCCUGCGAGCUGAGCGCCGCUUUGCCGCGGUCCCUUAGUGCGGAAUCGGCCGCUGCGAACUUCACUGCGCGCCGCGCGAGCCCUGAGAGCACCACCCACUGGAGAUGUCCCUGAGCGCCGUGCAGGACGUGGAGGUGUCGCACGACGCCAUCUACAAGUACGUCCUGGUGCGUGUCCACGCGCAGGAUGGGGCGGUGCACAAGGACGUGGUGCGAGGCUUCCCCUCGGCAGAGUUCCACGCGGACAUCUACGACAAACUGAGCGCCGAGGUGGAGAGGCUGGGCCUGGACUGCGAGUGCCUGGGUGGCGGUCGUAUCCAGCACGACUCCGCCACCAAGACCAUCAAGGUGUACGGCCACUCUAUAGGAUUUGGGAAAGCUGACCAUUCGGUGACCACGGAGAAGCUGAAGGCCAAGUAUCCGGAUUACACCAUCACUCAUUCCGAUGAGGGCUAUUAACGUGGAACCCCCCCGGUGAUAGUGGUAAAUCUCCUUGGUUCUUUCGGUAAAGUCACGUAGAGUGGAAGUAAUAAAAUAAUAAAAAUUAAACAUAAUAAAAUAAUUCUCACGACGUUUCGG